CAGGAGUAAACAGCUAUACAAAACAGAACAGUAUAUGGGAUGAGGAUGGGGAGAACACCUGGCCAGAAAGCAGAGGCAGACUUCUGUGGAGGUGCUGGCACCAUUCUAGGCACCAUCCAGAGGACUCUCAUCCCAGGGACCUUCCUCUUUAUCCUGGCUGUGGGACUAACUUUGAACAUGCCCGUCAUCUGGAUCCUCAUGUUCCGGGUGAAGCGCUGGAACAGGAGCACUAUUUUCCUUUGUAACUUAGUUUUGGCUGACAUCACUUGGAUCUUAACCCUCCCCUUUCUGAUCUACUACCAUCUGAAUCAGCUGCAUUGGAUCUUUGGAGAUGCUCUUUGUAAGAUUACCAGGACAAUUUACCAUGUUUCCUAUUACUGCAGCAUUUACUUUGUCACUUGUCUGAGUGUGGAUCGCUAUUUGGCUAUAGUGCAUCCGCUAAAGUCUCUGUGGUUGUUAAAUAAACAACAAUCACUACUGAUUUGCCUCUCCAUAUGGGCAGUAACUAGCUUGGCCAGUGUGCCAGUCCCCUUCGUUGCCAGCACCCAGAUAUGCCCAAACAACAAAACUAUUUGCUCUCUUUAUGUAUUUUCCAGCUCCACCUAUAUAACGCUUCCCUUUUCCAUGUGCUGCACGGUGGUUGGCUGCUUGCUGCCUUUCAUUGCUAUCUGUUACUGUUAUUGCAGCAGUGGCAGGACACUGCAGAAGACUGGCCUUCAUCACUUUCAGAAAAGGGAUAAGCUCACCAAGCUCAUGUACUCUGUUCUGAUAAUUUUUGCACUCCUUUAUUUCCCUUACCACCUGUCAAGAAAUACCUGCAUCUUCUUAAGAGCAUUGUGGCCCAAUGGCAAUAGGUCCAUUGAGCAUGCAGACACUGUGUUCCUUGUAGAGGUAGCAGUGUGUAGCCUUAAUACUUGCAUCAACCCUCUCUUCUGUUUCCUGGCAGGAGGGGAUUUUCGAGACCAGGUUUGCAAAAUAGCCUCUUCUUAUUGUCACACCAAAACCUGGAAGAGUCAACGGCAAAGGACAUCUGUGUACCCAGUAUAA